UUUUUUCCAUACCAGAGAAAAAAAAGAAAAAAAAUAAAAAAUUCAGAGCGAGAAGAGUGAAACAUAGGCAGGCAAAGCGUAAGAGCCAAGCUACACAGCUCCUCCUAUUUCCUCCUUUCGAACUCUCCCACACUCCCCGUUGAGUCGUAGCAGGCGAUUUUUCGAGUUUUGAGAUUGGAGGGGGGGCUUUGAAUUUCAACGAAGCAGAACACAGCGAGAGAGAGAGAGAGAGAGAGAGAGAGAGAGAGUUUCAAAUGGCUGAAACUGCGACUCAACCAAGCCGAUCGAGGGACCUCGAUAAGCUCCUACUCAGGCCCGGUAAUCUCGUCGAACCAACCUUCGAACCCGGGCCCGGACUGAGAGACGACCUUAAAGAGUACGUGAAAGUAUUGGUGGUAGGGGCUGGUGGGUUGGGCUGUGAACUCCUAAAGGAUUUGGCUUUGUCUGGAUUUCGAGAGCUCGAAGUCAUAGACAUGGACCGCAUCGAGGUCUCCAAUCUCAAUCGUCAAUUCCUCUUCAGAGUUGAAGAUGUUGGUAAACCAAAGGCCGAGGUGGCUGCAAAACGGGUAAUGGAAAGAGUUAGUGGGGUGAACAUAGUGCCACACUUUGCCCGGAUUGAAGAUAAAGAGCUUGAAUUCUAUAGUAAUUUCAGUAUUAUUGCCCUUGGUCUUGAUUCGAUUGAGGCCCGAAGCUACAUCAAUGCAGUAGCUUGUAGCUUUCUAGAGUACGAUGCUGAUGAUAAUCCAUUAGAGGAAACAAUCAAACCUAUGGUAGAUGGUGGAACUGAAGGUUUUAAAGGCCAUGCUAGGGUUAUCAAGCCAGGGAUUACACCAUGCUUUGAGUGUACCAUCUGGCUUUUCCCACCUCAAGUGAAGUUCCCUUUAUGCACUCUUGCAGAAACGCCUAGAACUGCUGCUCAUUGUAUUGAAUAUGCUCACUUAAUUAAAUGGGAUGAGGUUCACAGUGGUAAGACUUUUGAUCCAGAUGAUCCGGAACACAUGAAGUGGGUCUAUAAUGAGGCUGUCAAGAGAGCUGAGCUUUUUGGCAUUCCAGGAGUUACAUAUUCUCUUACUCAGGGUGUUGUGAAGAAUAUCAUACCGGCUAUUGCUUCAACUAAUGCGAUUAUAUCAGCUGCUUGUGCACUGGAAACACUAAAGAUUGCAUCAGGAUGCAGCAAAACUCUAUCAAACUAUUUGACGUAUAAUGGCGCACAAGGUUUACACACUAAAGUGACUGAAUUUGUGAGGGAAAGGGACUGCCUUGUAUGUGGUCCUGGUAUUCUGGUUGAGCUGGAUACUUCGGUUACUUUAGAGAAGUUCAUUGGUUUACUUGAAGAACACCCAAAGCUGCACUUAUCAAAAGCAAGCAUCACUCAUAGAGGGAAGAGCUUAUACAUGCAGGCGCCUCCAGUACUUGAAGAGAUGACAAGAUCCAACCUUAGCUUACCGCUUUUUGAACUGAUGGGUAAAAUUUCCAAGGACAUUGUCCAUGCAACUGGGACAACUAUAAAGAAUGACAAAAAAACCUCCAGUCUUAUAAAACUGCGUGUGGCUUUCAAGGGAGUUGACGGGGUUACUGAUAUGGAUACAGCAGGUGGGGCUUAAAUCUUUUACUGGAUCUAGAUCUAACAUGAACUAGAACUUGAGAAGCUUUAAAGACUCUCUCUCUCUCUUUUCUCUCUCUCUCUCUAAUUAUUGCAGCAAAAGGGAGAAAAUGAUUAUGCAACGUUGGAUGCCUUUCUAUAUUUGUAAAUUUCUUUUUAUCUGUAGAUCUCCUGAAAUUACGUUAGAACUGUGAAUUAAUGAUCAAGAGGGCCGAGUUACUUUUGCAAUUUGAGUUUAACCAAAAUAAUGUUUUGUUCAUUGAUACGGGAUAAGAUUAUGAUUUACAAUGAUAAGCAUUAUGAUACAUCUUUUAUUUUCCA